AUGGGAAACACACAAAACUCACCCCCCAACAGUAACGGGUUUGGAAUACAAACCAAAAGGUCCUCUUCUCAACUCAAAUUAGACGAUCUGAACAAUUGUAACGAAAAAUACUUUGGAUUAGAGAAUUUCGGAAAUACGUGUUACGCCAACAGUGUUUUGCAAGCAUUAUAUUUCUGCAAACCAUUCCGAUAUAGAAUUUUAGAGUAUUAUGACAACAACAAGUUACAACAACAACCAGAUUUAAAGAAUUCUAAUUUAUUACAUUCACUCUCUGAUUUGUUCUACCAAUUAUUCAAUCAAAAGAAAAAUAGUGGACAUCUCGCUCCGAAGAACUUUAUUCAGAGGUUACGUGCUGAUAAUGAACUGUUCAGAAGUUUGAUGCAACAAGAUGCACAAGAGUUUUUGAAUUUUGUUCUUAAUCAUGUCGUUGAGAUUUUACAAAAAGAAAACUCCACUCGAGAUGAGAAUGGAGAACAAAAUAUGCCAUCUACUUCAUCUCAUGGCUCGGAAAUGGACACAAGUAGCGACAUUCAAGAACUUGCAGACACUUUACAAGAAUCAAAGAAGGUGAAAACAUUUAUUCACGAAAUAUUUGAAGGAAAAUUAAUUAAUGAAACAAGAUGUAUCAUGUGUGAAAAUGUGACAAGUAGAGAAGAAAGCUUCUUUGAUAUUAGCGUUGAUGUGCAACAAUUUUCAUCGAUUACUCAAUGUUUGAAAAACUUUAGUAGCAUGCAAAUUCUAAAAUCUAACAACAAAUUUUACUGUGAUCAUUGUUGCUCGCAUCAAGAAGCCCAAACUCGAAUGACCAUCAAACAACAACCACAAGUUCUUGCCAUACAGCUUAAACGAUUCAAAUAUUUGAACAACACUUUCAAAAAACUUUCAUACCGAGUGACUUUUCCUUUCGAUAUUAAGCUUCCCAAUUUAUCCGAGGAUGAAGAAGAAAAAACAUACAGAUUAUUUGCAGCAGUUGUUCAUAUUGGCUCUGGACCAAAUUGUGGUCAUUAUAAGUGUAUAGUGAGGUCUGAAGAUCAAUGGAUUCUGUUUGAUGAUGACAGGGUGACCGUAGUUGACGAAGAUUAUAUUAGAUCAACAUAUGGGUUUCCUUAUGAUGAAUCAUCGUCAUUUAGCGGAAUUACAGAGACAUGUUAUAUAUUGUUUUACAGCUCAGAGAUGUAA